AUGCAAAAACUGACGGAGCGCAUAGAUGAUCUGAAGCAGAGAAUCGCUGCUUGGGGAAAGCGGGUUCAGCGAUAUACCGAGAGGUCGACUCGGUUCAACCAGAAUCGUCUCUUCAAGAGUGAUCAGAAGAGGCUCUAUGAAUCAUUGGAGCAACCAAUGGUAAGUGGAACGGGCCCAGCACUGAAUCAGGUCGACACUGUAACAUUCUGGCGCGGCCUGUGGUCAGAACCCGUAAACCACAGCGAGGGCUCUUGGACGGAAGUUGUGGCGAGUCAGUGUGCGAGUAUAACGCCCAUGGACCCCGUCAUUAUAACGCCGGAUGACGUAGCCGAGGCGGUCCGUAGGGCCCCGAACUGGAAAAGUCCGGGACUCGACGGGCUGCAUCACUACUGGCUGAAGGGGUUUAUGGUGUGUCACACUGUGCUCGCCCGACAGUUCCAAGAGGCUCAAGUCGCUCCCUGA